AUGCAGCAAGAAAAGGCCACUAAAAGGAAAUGCCUCCUACCCAGUGAGGCUCCUCCAGUGAAACAGAGACAUGAGACACCAUUUUCCCUAGCUAAGAAAACUGGUGUUACAGAGACUCUCAGGACUUCUAAGGGGAAGGCACCAAAAAUAUUUUCUCCAAAGAAGCACUCAACUGAGACCAGUAAUGUAUACCAGAAGGAGAAACCAGCCAUAAAGACUUCAUCAUUGUUUAAAAACAACCCUGAAAUUCCAGAACUCCACAGACCUGCAGUAAAGCAGGUGCAAGAGAAAGUGUUUACUUCAGAUGCUUUUCAUGAACUGGACCUCCAUCCACAUUUAAUUUCUACGAUAAAUACAGUCUUAAAAAUAUCUAGUAUGACCAGUGUUCAGAAGCAAAGUAUUCCUGCACUGCUGGAAGGCAGAGAUGCUCUUGUGAGAUCCCAGACGGGUUCAGGUAAAACUCUUGCCUACUGCGUCCCUGUUGUCCAAUCCCUUCAAGCAAUGAAAUCAAAAAUACAGCGCAGUGAUGGCCCCUAUGCUCUGGUACUAGUGCCAACGAGAGAGUUGGCUUUACAAAGCUUUGACACUGUCCAGAAACUGCUUAAGCCAUUUACCUGGAUUGUGCCUGGAGUGUUAAUGGGCGGGGAGAAGAGAAAAUCAGAAAAGGCCAGACUCCGUAAAGGAAUAAAUAUCCUUAUCUCAACUCCUGGACGUCUCGUGGAUCAUAUACAAUCCACAAAGAACAUACAUUUUAGUCGGUUACAGUGGCUGAUUUUGGAUGAAGCAGACAGACUCUUGGAUUUGGGUUUUGAAAAGGACCUCACAGUGAUACUUAAUGCUGUAAAUGCAGAAUGCCAGAAUCGACAGAAUGUCUUGCUAUCGGCAACACUCACAGAAGGUGUGACAUGGCUAGCUGGUAUCAGUUUGCACAAUCCAGUCAGUAUUUCAGUUCUGGAUGAAAACGAUGACCGGUCUAAUGCAAAGGACAAAGCAGCCCAUGAAGUGUCUCGUCCACAGAGUAGUAACAAGCUAGACAGCUUUGCAAUACCAGAGAGGCUCGAUCAGCACGUGACUUUAGUUCCCAGCAAACUGAGGCUUGUCUGCCUAGCAGCCUUCAUCCUUCAGAAAUGCAAGUUUGAAAAGGACCAGAAGAUGAUUGUUUUUUUUUCAAGUUGUGAGCUGGUGGAGUUCCACUACAACCUCUUCCUCCAGACCCUGCUGAGCAGCUCAGGGGCCCCAGCAUCAGGGCAGUUACCAUCUGCCUCCAUGCGAUUAAAAUUCCUGCGGCUGCAUGGCAACAUGGAACAGGAGGAGAGAACAACUGUGUUUCAAGAAUUUUCACAUUCCAAAACAGGCGUCCUUCUUUGCACGGAUGUUGCAGCUCGCGGCUUAGAUCUUCCUCAAGUCACGUGGAUUGUUCAGUACAACGCUCCAUCUUCACCUGCAGAAUACAUCCACCGGAUUGGAAGAACUGCCCGGAUUGGCUGCCAUGGGAGCAGCCUGCUCAUUUUGGCUCCUUCGGAGGCAGAAUAUGUCAACUCGUUGGCUUCUCACAAAAUCAAUAUUUCCGAGAUUAAGAUGGAAGAUAUUUUGUCUGUUUUGACAAGAGAUGAUUAUUUUAAAAGACGGCGAUGGGGAAACCAGAAAUCCUGUGCUGUUGGCCCCCAGGAAAUCCGUGAGCGAGCCACAGUCUUACAGACAGUAUUUGAAGAUUAUGUGCACUCCAGUGAAAGGAGGGUCUCCUGGGCAAAAAAAGCUCUGCAGUCCUUCAUCCGAGCCUAUGCAACAUACCCCAGGGAGCUGAAGCACAUCUUCCAUGUCCGAUCCCUUCAUCUUGGGCAUGUGGCUAAGAGCUUUGGGCUAAGAGAUGCCCCCACUAAUCUUAAUGUCUCAGCUUUAAAGAAGAAGAAAGGAAAGCUGAAAAGGCCUGACCUUCGUAGGAAGACCCAGAGGAAACACCGCCUUGCUGAAAUCUUGCGUUCGGAAUACUCAAGUGGGGUAGAGGCUGGCGUCGCCAAGGUCAAAAAGCAAAACAAACAUGGAGAGCCCGGCAGCUAG